AUGUCUGCCAACGAAGCGAACAGCAAUAUUAGAAAGAAUAUUGAAGAGACAGUCAAUAGUUUCCUAUCAUCCUACGAGGAUGGAAGGGUGCAGAACGAUACAUCCAUCAUCAACCGCGAUGUCACGCCUGAAUGCACUCGUCAGCUACUUCCCGCCUCACUCUUGAAAGCGCUCGGUGCUCCUGAAUCUGUUGUCUUUUCCAACGAUCAGUACGAGAAACUUUACGCCGACGAUCUUGCUGUUGGAGGAGUCUAUAACACUGUUACCAAAAACUUGGUCAUCGAUGCCGAGGCUAGGAGGGCAGCUGUCACCAGCAAAUCAGACUUCAAGUACAAAGAUGGUGAUUCUCUCGUCGUCGAGUUUUCCUGGACUUUGAACUUUAAUGAAGACGGUACCAAGAUCGACAAGGUCAUAGAGUUCGCUGAUGCCGAUGCCGUUAAGCGGAUGGCGGCCAAAGCGCGGGAACUUCAAGCCAGUCGAGAGACAAAUGGUAUCAAUGGUGAUAGCGGCAUGUUGGAAAAGGAAGUGGAUUUCUUCGAGACUGGAUGA